AUGGCUGGAUACUUUUUUGGAAAUGUUCAGAAUAACCUGAACAGAGCAAGGCAUAGUUUAACAAACACUCUUAGCGACAUGAGGUUAGAUGAGAGUUAUCUUAAGUCUAUUCGAAUGAACAUAAAGAAACGAUUUGAUAAAUUAAUGAAUAAAAUAAUACCUUUUGAAACUAUUGAUGAAAAUAAAAGAUUUGUUGUUAUUAUUGAAAAAAAAAAGAAUUAUGAAAAUUUCCGAUGUCCUAUAUGUAUGUUAAUAUUAUUUAAACCAGUAAAAACAAAAUGUGGUCAUAUUUUUUGUCGAGAAUGUAUAGAGAAAGUUUUGCUUAAAUUUGAUUAUUGUCCUUUGUGUCGAAAUUUUAUAAAAGAUAAAAAAUUAGAGAACGUAGAAAACAGUACUCUAGGUUCCGAAUAUGAAAAUAUAAAAAUUCGAUGUUAUAAAUGUAAAGAAAUAACAAAUAUAAAAAAUUAUGAAAAACAUAUAAUUAAUCAUAUAAUGAAUAUACAUAAAAGUUUUGAUAAUAUAAAAAAUUAUUCAACAAGUGAAGAAGGUGAUAAUUAUAAUUUUCUUAGUAUACAAAAAAAAAAAAAAAAUUCUAAUUAUAUUUAUUCUAUUUCAAAUAAUAAUUAUAUACAUAAUAUAUAUCAUCAUAUUAAUCCAUAUAAUUUCGAUUCUUACUUUAAUAAAAAAUUUCAAAUUAUUUAUAUGAAAGAAUUUUUUAAUUUAUUAAAAGAACAUAAUAUAAAUACACAUAUAGAUAAUUUUUAUCUUUUAUACGCUCAAAAUGUUUUAUAUGAUUUUAAACACAUAAAUGUAGAAGUACAAGAUAUUAUGUGUGACGUUUUCCUCAUCAUCAAAAUUAGAAAAAAAAGAAAAAAUUAUCAUCAAAAUAAUCUUAAUCUUUUAUAUUUGGACAAUUCUAAAUAUAAAUCAGAACAAAUAAAUAAUAUUAUUACAUCGAAGGAUGAUAUAAAUAUGAAUGUAAAUAUGAAUAUACAUACGAAUAUACAUAUGAAUAUACAUACGAAUAUACAUACGAAUAUACAUACGAAUAUACAUACGAAUAUACAUGCGAAUGAUGGUUUUAUUUCAAGUGAAGGAGAAAAAAAAAAAGAUAUAAAACAAAAUAACUUUAUAACAAAUGAUCUGAAGAAACAGAAAUCUAUUAUUUUCAGUUCUUAUAAAAAAAAAUUAUAUACCAAUGAUACAUUUGAAAUGUAUCAGAAAAAAUUAUUAAUACAUAAUAAAAAAACACCUAAUAAAUAUAUAUAUAUAUUAUUUGAAUAUAAUACGAAAAAUAUAUUUUUUACACUUCUACAAAACAUACCAGUAUUUAAAAACAUGAAUAUUAUAAAAUUGGUGAAGUAUAAAAAUAAAAAAAUGAAUUCUAUAGGACACACAACAAAUAUAAGUGAACAAUUAAUUAGACUCUUUUCUAUUUUAAAUGAAAAAAGAAUAUUAAGAACUUAUCAUAAAUAUUUCUAUAAUUCUAUUCACUUAUUUCAUGAACUUAUAUAUUCUCUCCUUUUUUCAAAACAUCAAAAAGAAAAAAAUGAAAACAUAGAAAAUAUAGAUGUUGCAUAUAUGCAAGAUAUAUACGAAAUGGAACGUUCUUAUCAAAUGGAAGAAAAACAAUUAAACGAUGUAAAUUAUCAUAUUUAUCAAAAAUGUGAUCACUAUGAAAAUAAUCAAAAUGGUCAAAAUGAACAAAAUGAUCAGAAUGAAGAACCAUAUCAACAUUAUAAUGAUCAAAAUGAAGAACCAUAUCAACAUUAUAAUGAUCAGAAUGAACAACCAUAUCAACAUUAUAAUGAUCAUAAUGAAGAACCAUCUGAACAUUAUAAUGAUAACUAUUACAAUUUUGUAGAAAAGAAUGAACACAAUUUUAAAAACAUAUUCCUUAAAGAUUAUGAACUUAUGUUCAUUUUAUUUUAUUUGAAAUAUGAAUAUAGACUUCCGCUCAAAUGCGAAUAUCUCUAUUUAUAUUCAGAAAAUUUCAUUGCAAAAAUUUUAAGAGAUCAAGAAAGAGAACAAGAUAUUUUUAUAUCGAACGUGUAUAGUUAUCAUAAUUUAGACAUAUUACAAAAUAAAAUAAAUGGAGAAAAUAUAUUACCUUUAAGUAAUAAUGAAUUUGUAAAAAAUGAUAAAGGUAUAAUUAUUAUAUUACAAGUACAAAGAGGGAAAUUAAAAAAUGAAUAUAAAAGUGACAUUAAUAUUAUAGACAACAAAAAUAAUUGUAAUGAUAUAUUAAAUAAUAAUCAAUAUAUUAAUCAGACUGAAGAAAAUAUUAAUAAUUCUGAGUAUACUAAUAAAAAAGAUUUUUAUAAAAAAUAUGUUCAGAAAAAAAGUAAUAAAACAAAUACACAUACAAAAAAUAUAAAUCAAUAUUAUGAUAUCCAUAAUGUCUGUUAUCUUAUUAUAUCUUAUUCAUCAAAAGGAUUUCAAUGGUAUCUUAAUAAUUCUUUAAACUUUUUAAAUAAAAAACAAAUUGAAUAUAAAAGUCAAGAGGUAUUUUUUCUUAUAGAUAAAUUAAUUCUUUUCUUUUUUAAUAUCAGAAAUAAAAAGUAUAGUUCUGUCUUCUGGAACUCUACUCAUCUUUUUCAGUGCAUGCUCAAUUUUUGUUGUGAAUAA